GGAUCAUCAACUAUUCCCCGGGCUUAAUGGAGACAAAACUCAGGUCGCUGACUAUUCUUUGUGUGCCUUUUUCCUUUUGUGAGUGGGCCUAGACACGUCAAGAAGAAACGUGUGGUGUAGAUGCCAGGGAACUCGCAGAGUGGUCAGACUGGUUCUUGUAUACUGAGAAGUGCCCCUGGUGGUAAAGAUGUCCCCUACAGCCGACUGAACUUCGGUGUACGUACCGCGAUCGCUGAGUCGUCAUGCGAACAUGUACUCGUGCAAAUCUUCUCAAAUUCGAAAUCGUCGUCUUCGCGCUUGGAAUAGCCCAUUUCGUGUUGGUGCGGCUGUUUCACCAGAGAUCAGUGGAACGGGAGGAACGUGGCACGGAAUGGCGACACUUGGAACCCAGAGGGCCAGUCUUGUGCAAUUGUAGCCAGGCAAUUGGCGAGAGGCAAGAAAGGCAACUGGAAAACAACUCAUGGAUACAAACCGCAGCAGACACAGAACAGCUAACCACUACCCCUGAACCAAAGCCGAAAAAGGAACCGGGGUGGGAGAGAUGGAAGGUGGGGAUGUGGGAGGGGUUCGACUUCAAGAAAGUCCGGUUCAUCAGAGAAUCCAUCGUGAACAAGACGAACGUCAGCACCCACUGGUACUGCUCCAGAGACAACAUGCCGCUACACUCCACCUUCCAGUUCUAUGAUGGGAAACAAGUUAGCCACAAAGAAACCCGAUUUCCCGACAAGCUGUUCCGGACCUGCAGCGUUGUCGGUAACGGAGGGAUCCUCAGCGGCAGGGGCUGCGGCGGUCAGAUCGACUCUGCUGAGCACGUGUUUAGGUAUGAUUCGCUCAACUCAGACGUUGGCAGACAGAACUUCACUGCGAUGCUCGACUCCUACCUCGGCCCGACCGACUUCUACACGCACCCGUUCUACAACAUCAACAGCAGGCCGGUGGCCUACCGGGCCCUGCGCGUGGUCAGGAACCUGACGGACGACGGGAAGACCGUGCUCUGGUCACACCCCGACUUCCUCCGGGCGGCAAAUACCUUCUGGAGAGAAACGGGGCGUGUCAAGGUCAAGAGAAUCACGUCAGGCCUGUUGGUGGUGACCAUCGCCUUGUCCAUGUGCGAGGAAACGCACCUGUACGGCUUCUGGCCCUUCGACCAGGACCUGGACGGCAACCCGCUCAACUACCACUACUACGACCGCGCGGUCACGCUGGGCAAGCGCGUCGUCUCGCAGAAGAACCAGUGGAGGGUGGUGGAGAAGAACAGGUACCACAAGAUGAAGACGGAGCACGACAGACUGGCCAGGCUGCACGAGAUGGGCGUGGUGCGCAUGCACGUGGGGACGUGUGACGUCACGGGACUGAAGGCCGAACGAAAUGUGAUGAUGCAAAAGGACGUCAGAACACAGACUGAGAGAAGACAAACGUGAGACAGCACGACGUCAGAACACAGACUGAGGGAAGACAAACGUGAGACAGCACGACGUCAGAACACAGACUGAGAGAAGACAAACGUGAGACAGCACGACGUCAGAACACAGAGCGAGAGAAGACAGUGAUCUCCGGGAGCCUCCUUGGCAUACUUGUGGAGUGGCGGCGUUAAUAUUUUUUCCGGGGAGCGAAGCGAGUUUUGCCGGGCGGGAGUUUUGCUACCGAUUUGUAACGGCAAUCCCCAUUUUUCGGUGCCGGGUUGCCGUUACAAAUCGGAUGGCA